AUGGAUCUCACCAAGCUCGUCUCGUCAAUCCGUGAGGCAACGGAGAUCCUUUCCAGCCAGCCGAUUGAUCCCCAGCAACGAGCGGAGUUGUCACAGGCUUGCGAAAGGCUUUCUGGAGUAAUCGAGCAGCCGAGGUCAAGAUUAGAGAAAGCCACUCAUACCAUGACCCCAGUGGUAGCCACCCGCAUUGCGAUUGAUAUGGACAUCUUCAAUUAUGUUCACAAUUCCCCAAAAGACGAAUUUGAGGGUUGCGAGAUUGCAUCCCACGUUGAUGGAGAUCCAUUGCUUGUUUCUCGCAUAUUGCGGUCUUUGACAGCUUCUGGAAUCUUCAAUGUGACCUCAGAAGGGAUGUAUAAACCGGAUUCUGUGGUAAAAGAUCUUGCAAAGGGCGGUUAUCUAGAAAGUCGGAUCAUGAUGAACUUUGAUAUUCACUUUCAAAUUUACGGCAAACUUCCCCAAUACUUGAGAGAGACAAAAUAUGUAUCGCCCUCAAACGCCUACGCAGGACCUUUUCAGCACGUCUUUAACACAGAGGAACAUUAUUUCGAUUGGAUGAAGUCGCAUCCGGCCCAGCUCGAUGCUUUUAACCGCACAAUGCAAGCCGGUGCUAUGCGUGACAAUGCCGCGCGAUGGACGCAAAUAUUUCCUGUCACGCAAAGAUUCCAGAAAUUCCAGAGCGAAGCCUCUGCUGAUGAACGGAUCCAAUUUGUGGACGUGGGAGGAGGAAUCGGCCACGAAAUCAAAGUCUUGCUCGACGCGCUUCCCUCUCUCCGGGGCCAUUUUGUCCUUCAAGAUGUACCUGGCGUUGUCCAAAGUAUGCUCCCAGAGCUGGAGAGAGCCACCACCACACAGUCAGUGCAGGCUAUGCCGCAUAACUUCUUCGAGCCCCAGCCGGUACCAGGUGCCCAUGUUUAUUUCAUGGGCCGUGUUCUGCACGAUUGGCCGGAUUCUCAGACACAAAUCAUCUUGCAGCACAUCCGAGACGCGAUGAACAAAGACUCAGUGCUACUCAUUCACGAGCGCGUCUUACCAGACGGAGCUGCAAAGGUUCAUCCGUCGGAUGCAAUCAUGGAUCUGAAUAUGAUGAUCCUGUGCUCAUCGCUUGAACGAACGGAGAUGCAAUUUCGGGCCUUGCUCGAUUCCGUGGGACUGGAAUUGGUGAAGGUGUGGCGGUCAGCUACUGCUGGCCUUCAUCAACAAGCGGUGCUCGAAGUAAUCCGGGCAAAUUGA